AUGGGAAGCUCCGCCCCUUCCGCAUUACAGAAUACCCGCACGGAAAAUAGGGUCCCACAACGACAGGCGCGCGAAGGAGGAGAGACCCUCCCACAGGCGGAUCGCGGCGCGGCCACGUCGCGGCUCACGCUCACCUAUUGUCUUGUUCAGUUUUCCCUCGAAUUUCCCGCAAUGGACAGUCAACUCCUUCCAAGGAGUAGGUCAAGCCUUUCGGUAAGUCAAUAUUGAUUCGAUCCACAACAAGUAGGGCAAAAUUCGAUCAGUUAUGAAAUUUUUUAACAUUGUUAUUGAUGAUGAAGUCUCACGUUCAUGUUGCCAAGGUGGAUACGGUAGUCCCUUUGAAUUGUAUAUUUUUUUCCCAUAACUUUCAAAUUUUAUCGUUCCUUCGUUUUUCCAUUUAUUUUCGAGGGAGUCAUCAAAUUUCCACGCAUUUUUUUUUCUUUUUUUCUCCAUUCCGCUUUGGUUUCGAAAACAUUCAUUUUUUAAAAAGUUUUCGAGUAGGGAGGCUUGAAAUUUUUUUAUUUAUCAAAAGUUGGGAAUUAAAUUUUUUCUUUGUCGCGAAUAAAUUUAAAUUGUUCCUGAAGGUACAGGAAACAUUCUUUUAUAAAUAUUUGAAGUUGCUAUGUAUUUAAAAAGUCAAUUAAUUUCCAAUUCAUCACAAAUUUGCAUAUUCAUUCAACAUUGUAGCCCCCUGAAUAUUAUCAAAUUAAAAAAAUUUUUUUUUGAUUAUUUAGUAGGAUUUCACGAGAAAGACAAAAAAAUAAAAAAAUCUUGUCGUAUUAUAUAAAAACGAAUUGCAAGUUUUUCUCGAUUUUAUAUUUUUUUGCCGUUCUUCUUGCAUAAGUGAAAAAAACUGUCUUUUAAAAAUCGUUAGAAGUUCCGAAAAAUUCGAGACCCAAAAAUUUUUUUGAUAGAAAAAGAAAAAUUAAUCUCGAAAAAAAUUCAAAUUUCAAAAAAAUAAUACUGUAGAUCAAUGAAACUUUUUUUAUCUCAUAGUUUUUUUUGAAAAAAAGUACCAUUAAAAGGGAAUUUUUUUCUUGAACUUUCAGUUGAUUGAUUUAGGAAACUUUACACAAAGAAGAUCGAAAAUAGUUUUUAUAAUGUUCGAAGUUAAGCAUAUCUUUCAACAUUUAACUUUUUUUGAAAAAUCUAAUGAAACAACUCAUAACGUUACAAAAAUAUUCUUGAAAUACAAUCAUUAAAAAAAAAUUUUCCAGCCUCCGCCGCUAUUAUCCAGAGAAGACAUCGAGGAAGUCGCCGAUUCAGACGACGAACCUCCGCAGUUGACCAAUUCUUCCUUCGGUCCAUCUUUCCUUCUGCGGAACCUCAGCCUUGAAGAUAAACCUAUAGACUCUAAUGUCUCUAAACCUUCGACUUCUGAAGCCAAGACGGAUGAACGCGCAACAGGCGCUCGUUCAUCUUUCACAAGGGCUUUAUCAAAAUCGAAACACGCUCAAGUGGGAGAUCCAGGACCUUCAAGCCCUCUUCCUUCUGUGAGACCUCCUUCUCAGCGACGACCGUCGGACAGUGUGCUUAACUUCCAGAACCCACCAAAGCUUCACGUAGAGCUCAGAAAAUUCUCUGGUCCUCCGAGUAGAAGCAGCUCAGAGUCUACAGCAGCAUCCAAGGAUUCAGAUCAAAGUGUUCAGAAUAAAGUCCAACAAGCUGCAAACUUACCCGCUGCUGAAGUCGUUCUUGAUGUUGUUCCAGCACCACCAACUCUCGCCCCGGUGCCGCAGAAUGGCCCACCAACUCCCGCUCCGAUCCCGCAGAUUGCUCCACCAGCUCCCGCUCCGAUCCCGCAGAUUGCUCUACCAGCUCCUGCUCCGAUGCCGCAGAAUGCACCGAUUCUACCGCGACCAUCAGCUGCACAGUCGAUUGCCGCUCCGUUAAGAUCAAUCAAACCGGCCGUACCUAUAUAUGCAGCAGUGCCGACGAAAGCCAUUUUACCCAAUCUUCGACCUUCUUCUCACAACUUGCAGCCAAGCACGAGCAAGAUGAACGAGACUCAGUCGAAGCUUCUCAGCGCAAGAUGGGCACCGCCACGUCCGCCGAACAAACGUCCUACUUGUGAACUUUUGGUCUCUAAAGUUACCGACGCUUCGACCCAGUCUAUCAAUGACUUCCUGUCUAAUUGGAGACGCAUCUCCUACUCAACAGCGGACUUCUUCUCUGCCAAGCGAUUUGUCCCAAAAGUUUGCUUGUAUCGAGCAGGACUAGAGGAGUCUAAGUUGGUCGCGCAUAUGAAGUUGGCGCCCAUCCGAUAUCUUUAUAAAGAUGAGACACUUAUGCCUGAAACACUUCCUUGGAUCUCCAUCAAAGGACUCAAGGUGAACUUUGUUUUUUUUCUUAAUAACUUCUGUUAUUUUUUUUCAGCCAAUGGAAAAUGACGCAUCCAACAUAGAAGGCUUACGCAAAACAGCGAAUGAGCUAUUGAAACUGGAAAAAUCAGUUCUGAUCCCGGAGUUUCUUUGUGUUAUCUGCGAGCGACCUUGCAAUCUCCCCGUCAGAAUCAAUGGCGUGAGUUUUUUUGUUUGAGUUCAAAAAGGCCGGGAAAAAAUUUGAACGUUCAAUUUAAUAAAGCAAAAAAACAUUUACUGAAAAAUUCCGAACGAAAAAAAAAAUAAAGUCAAGCUUUAUUAAUUAUUUUCAGUGCUUACAUCGUUUCUGUUUCGCCUGUGUCGAUUCGCACGUUUCGUCGAAAAAAGCCUCAUGUCCAAUGUGUAAAACAUUGAUUCAAUAUGUCCUGCCGGACAGACCAGGCGAGAAAAUGAUGGACAUGGUACGUUUGAUUUCUGACUUCAAGUUCCUUUCAAAUCAAAAAAAAACGCCAAGAUUACAAUUUUUUUCAGUUGGGCAUCGAUUUAACUAUCACCUAUCCAAAAGCUAUAUUCUCUUCAACGACCACAAAAACAACACCAGGUUCGAAAAAAAAAAUCUCUUUUUGCAAACUUUUAUAAAGUUCCAGCAACGACUCAAAAGCCAAAGUUUUCUGAGUUGUUAUUCGCUAAAAUUGAGCCUCGAAAAAGUGAGUUCAUCGUUCUUUCGUUUCAAAACUGAUUUUUUUUUCUCUCAGAUUUUUCGACUGCCUUUUUCUUUCAACCAUAUGACCGUUCUGCCAGAGAACUUCGUACUGAAGAAGGAAGAGCUCAAAUCCUUUUGAAUGCGAGAAACCAAAGGAUCAUUGGUUGCGACAGUUUUGGAGUCCCGUAUGUGGACCCUAUGUCUUCUUUUGGAGUAAGUUCUUUCUGUUUUUAUUUUUUUUUCACUUUUGGAAGUGAAUGCAUGGAAUUCUAUUUUUCAGGGUGCAGGUUCAGUCCCAGUCAAAGAUGAAAAGAAGAAAGAAGAGCCGAUACAAAAAAAGGAAUGACAGGAUUUGACGUUGUAUGUUUUUCUUUUUUAAUUUUACUAUAAUUAUUUAUCUUUUUUUACGCUAUAUCUUAUUUUUUUAAAUAUUCACUUGAACUUUAAAUACUUUUUAUACUAAUAUACUUUCACCGAAGAAAAAGAACUCACUUUGAAAUUUGCAGGACGAAGUUGUGCAAAGUCAUGAAAACGGAAAAUGCUUAAUAAAAGCGCUGCAAGGCGAAGAUGCAAAAUAUGUUCAUGUAUGUUUUUAGUCAAAGUUCUUCAUUUCAUCAAAAAAUGACUAUGUAUUAUGAUUUUAUAGGAUGAGAUUCGAGCUCUCGUUGGGCGAGCGAAACGAAAGAAAGCCGAGGAAAAAAAGCUUUCAAAGCAGCUAGGAGAGAAGCUGAAGCGAAUGCUAGAAGAAAAAGUUCGAUAAACAUCUGGAUAAAAAAAUUAAAAUGUAUUCCAGAAGCCCAAGAUCAAAAAAAUCGUCGAGAGAUGACGAGCCCACAACUCCUAUUGCUUUCCGAACAUUUGUGGAAUCGGUGAGUCGAAAAAUAUUAACUUUAUAUAUCUCACAUUACACUUUUUUUUGAAUUCAGAUUAUUUUUAUUUCAUUAAUUUCAGGAUGACGAAGAUGAAUUUCUUCCUGCUAAAAAAAGGCUCCUAUUGUCGUCAAAGAAAAAGCCUUUGAAAGAACCAAAAAAAGAAGUGGAGAUUUUGGAGGAAGAGGUUAAUUUCUCUCGAAUUGAGCUUAUAUAAUUCAUUUUUUUAGUUAAAGCACGUUGAAUCUGUUGGUCCCUCGGAAAAGAAAAAGACGUCCGUCCCAUUCACCAUGAAAACUAGAGGAGUCCGAGUGAACAGCUUCGUGAAGUCUUACAAGGUAACAUAGAGAUCUGGUUUAUUUCUCAAUUUGGAAAUAUAGCCAAAAGGGGUGAUUGAUGAAGACAAGGCGUGCGACGACGAAGUGAGACGCAUCGUGUCACGGAAGUACAAACAGCAAAAGAAGCGUCCCAUGAUGAGUGAGAAACAGCUCACGCGGGAACUCUCCAACACAGCUCUGAACUUCGGAAAUCCGACAAGACUUCAACCUUAUAAAGGAGAUUUAUCGCAAAAGGAGUUUCUCACUUACAUCCCGGACGAAGCGAAUGGUUCGUUCUUUUCUUGAUAUGAGAUGAAAAUACCAUUCUUUUAAAGUUGGUCAUGUCAUUUCGUACAUUCGAAAUCACUAUUCUUCGCGUUAUCCUGGCCUCGAAUACGAUGUGCAGCUUUUCCACGUUGACUGGACGGCAAAAGCUAAGGAAAUCAACCUAAUUUUGCAGGUUAGUUUUCCCAAUGGUUUUUUUUCACAUAGAGUUCAAACCACUUUUCGAAUUUUUUUUUGAUAAUGGUGCAAAAAAAUAUUUUUCAGCCGGGCGAAGGCGGUGUUCCAAACGAUCAAGGUUUACCCGAGAAAAACAGAGAAGUAUUGGAGGUAUGCCUUUUAUAUUGAACCAUAUAAAUAAAAUUCCUUUUUCAGAAAGCUCAGCAGAAGCUCGACAAAAAGGAGCAAAUGCGAAAUCGCUUGAGGAGCGAAGUGCAGAGAGCUCAAAAAUUGAAGAAAGAAGAAGAGAAGACGGUGGAAAUUGCUAAAUCCCAAACGAAACAACAGAACAGAGCAAAAACCCCGGCACCUUCGAAAAUUCAACAAGUCAACCAUGUCGCUCCCGUGAGAGAAUACGAAACUCGCAAAAGGACAGCCGAAAAAGCUUUUGGAGCGGAGAAAAAGAAGAACGGAGCAAAGAAGAUAAUUGACACUGACGUGGAAUGCGUCAGUCAUCGAUAUCAAAACCAACCAGUUCCAAUCAAGCAUCCUUACGGUCUUCGAGACGCCAAAUCCCGUCGAAAACCUCCAAAGCGAUUUGACGAGGAAAUCUACGAAACUCGCAAAAGGACGUGCACCCAAAAGCCGAAGGUGUUGCCGACGAAGAAAGCGAAAGUCGCCAAGGCCGAACAGGAGAUGAUCAAGGAGAUCAAGCAGGAAAUCGAGGACGACUACGAGAUCUGCGAAAACAAAGAGAACGACGUGAAGCCUCCCGAAGAAACGCCGAGGAUGGAGGAAAAGAAAAUCGUCGUUAGAGACAAACAAAUUUACGCGUUGGAGCUGCCAAAGAGACCUGUCCUGCUAGACGUCACAAUUAAUCAGGUUAUUUAAAGUUUUUUUUUCGAUUCAUAAAAAGUUCUCCGUCUGUUUUAUUUAUAGAACCGUUUUGAAAUUUAAAAAAAGCAAACACGCUCAGAUUGAUCAAAUUUGGAUUUUAAGAUUAAAAAAAUUUUUUUUUAUCAAAAAUUUUCAUUUAGUCGUCUUUAUAUAAACUAGACAAUUUUAUGCAAAUUUUGUUUAUCAUACUUUUUUUCAGCUUCGCAACUGGCUCCAUCUGCGUCCUGGAGAAAUUUUGGACCUUUCCUACGUGGUCGUCACCAAGAAUCACAUCAGAAUCAAUCCUGCCAUGGAGGUCGAGAAGCCUCAAAAUCCAGAAACUUCGAAAAAUGUUUCUUUGACUCCUUCCAUCAUUCUGCCACAAAUUUCUGUUCCUGAGAAUCCUCUGUCAGAAAUGCCAGAAAAGGACAGUGAUUCACAUGAGAACGCCGACGAAAUGCAGCCGUUACUGGGUGAACCAGUAUUCAUUUGUCCCAGUAAUAAGCCCGGAAGCGUCUACACACCGAUCGCGAGCAAGGCCCCAACGAUCACCCUCCUAGAAAUGGGUCCUCUGAGUAAGUUAUCAGCGAUGCUCGACCGCCCUGAGCCUUUCAUGGGGCCGAUGACUCCUUUUGCGGUAAACCUCAAAGGAGUUGGCCAAAAUUUUCCAAAAACUGGGAAAAAUUCAUCGAAGCGUAAGAGACAAGAAGAGAAGAAGAAACCCGUGCGCAUGUUCCCAACAACUCUCGACGGAAAUCAUGUCUCUUCAUCGAAGCUGAGAGUUCGCUCGGUGGAGAAAGAACUUCGGGAGCUGAGCCAACCGCCACCUGAACAGAAGAAAACGGAUCUUCUUGAAGGACCUGAACCAAAGGUCUUCAUUCCUCCAGGACUGGGCAGAAAGACAAUGAUGACUACACCUUCUGGUAAGAUUCCCAUAACUCUUGGAGAUUAUGGAAAACCAUUCCCUGCACCCCACACUAUCUUCAUGAAACGUACUAUUGAUAAGGAAUUUUUAUCCAGUUUCCAUAGUUUUCCUGAGAAACAGCCCGCUUUUCCAGUGUUCAAACGUUUCUGA